AUGUCUACAGCACACACGAAACGCAAACGCAGCGAUAACGCCGAUGCAGGCGACCAUGGCAGAAGGCCUAAGCAGUACAAGCAAUCUUCAAAUCGACCGCGGCCGAACAAAUUCCAGGGCUCGAGACAUGCGCACGCGCAUUCAGGCCACCCAAAAUCGGGUGACGGCGAGGAAGAGGAAGCGCAAAGGUCGAUAAACGCUCUCAAGAGCAGGAUACGCGAUCUCAGGCGCUCGCUAGCGCACGUCGACAGCGACCCGAAAAACCGCAUGCCACAAGGCAUCCGCAUCGAGCGCGAGCGAGAACUCGAAUCGGCUAGGCAUGAGCUCGAAGAGAAAGAGACAGCCAAGCGAGAGGCCAAGUUCAGAAAUGAUAUAAUUGGGAAAUACCACAUGGUUCGAUUCUUCGAACGACAGAAGGCUACACGAAUCUUAAAACGCCUUCAUAAGCAGCUCGCCGCUCUGGAAGACGAACCGGAAAAGGCGGAGAAGAUGCACAGCAUACACAAUGCUGAGGUCGAUCUCAACUAUACACUUUAUUACCCGUUACUGAAGGCGUACGUGUCACUGUACCCGAAGCAGCAGAAAGAGGACAGCAAGUCUGGUGAUGCCGCACCGCCGACAGACGGCCCAAAAGGCGAUGUGAACAUGUGGAAGACGGUGGAGAAGGCCAUGGGAGAGCAGACCCUAGAAGAGCUUCGAGAGAGCCGGGAAGGUGUUAUUAUACCAGGAGCACCGGAGAACAGCAAGGCCAAGAACUUGAAGAAGGAUGCGAAGAAGGACACGAAAGAGAAGAAAGCGAGGUCCAACGACGCCGAUAUUGCGACAGAGAAUGGAGACGAAGAAGGUAGCGAUGAGGACUUCUUCGUCUGA